AUGCAUGCCGGACAUAUAGAGGUAGACCCAGAAACCAACGGAAACCUUUUUUUCUGGCACUAUCAAAAUCGGCACAUCGCAAACCGUCAGCGAACGGUGAUCUGGCUGAACGGAGGACCCGGCUGCAGCUCGAUGGAUGGCGCGCUUAUGGAGGUUGGGCCCUAUCGACUGAAGGAUAACCACACCUUGGAAUACAACGAGGGCUCAUGGGACGAAUUCACGAAUCUUCUCUUUGUCGACCAGCCUGUUGGAACCGGGUUCAGCUUCGCCAACACCAACAGCUAUCUCCAUGAGCUAGAUGAAAUGGCUGUACAAUUUGUUACAUUUAUGGAGAAGUGGUUCGCCAUAUUUCCUGAAUACGAACGAGAUGAUAUUUAUUUCGCUGGCGAAUCAUAUGCAGGCCAAUAUAUCCCAUACAUUGCGAAAGCUAUCCAAGAACGAAACAAAAACAUCAACAGAGAUCGGGAUGCACAUUGGAAUCUUCGCGGUCUUCUCAUCGGUAAUGGUUGGAUAUCGCCAGCAGAACAGUACCCGGCCUACUUGACUUAUGCUUAUGAAGAGGGCCUUGUUCAGGAAGGUAGCAAGCUCGGAAAACAACUCGAAGUUUUACUCUCCGUCUGCAAAUCGAAAAUGGAAACUGGGCACCCCAAAGUUUCCAUACGUGAUUGCGAAGCGGUUUUGACUGGACUACUCCAGAACACCCACGACUCGAAUGAUCAAUGUUACAACAUGUACGAUAUCCGCCUUCGCGAUGCUCCCGAUUCUUGUGGCGCGGACUGGCCGCCAGACCUGCAUGAUGUGCUGCCUUACCUACAGAGCCACGAAGUAACUCAAGCUCUGAACAUAAAUCCUAGCAAACAAUCAGGGUGGCAAGAAUGCGAGGGCAAUGUGGGCAACGCGUUUCAGGCAGAUAAGUCCAAGCCAUCAGUCAACCUGCUUCCCGGAUUACUCGAGUCGGGUGUUAAAAUUCUUCUCUUCAGUGGUGAUAAAGACCUCAUUUGCAAUCAUGUUGGGACCGAGGAGCUCAUUGGUAAUAUGAAGUGGUCUGGUGGUACUGGCUUCGAAAUUUCACCGGGUGUGUGGGCGCCACGACAUGAUUGGACGUUUGAAGGUGAGCCGGCUGGUUACUACCAACAUGCGAGGAACCUGACCUACGUUCUCUUUUACAACGCCAGUCACAUGGUUCCAUUCGAUCUCCCUCGGCCUUCCCGGGAUAUGGUCGACCGCUUUAUGAACGUAGACAUUGCCAGCAUUGGUGGCAUGCCAGCAGACUCUCGCAUCGAUGGUGAACCUCUCCCUCAAACCUCUGUAGGUGGCCACCCAAACAGCACGGCCGCCGAAGAACAAGAACAGCAGAAGAUCAAAGAAACUGAGUGGAAUGCCUACGCCAAGUCCGGCGAAGCAGUACUCGUUGUUGUCAUUAUUGGGGUUCUAGUAUGGGGCUUCUUCAUAUGGCGCAGCCGCCAACGGCACAGCGGCUAUCGUGGCAUCUCUGUCAAAUCCCCAAGUUCGACAUCUGUCCUAGGACGAUUUCACAACAAGCAGAGUAACGGCACAGACGUGGAAGCCGGCGAUUUUGAUGAGGCUGAACUGGAUGACUUACACUCACCUGGCUUGGAUCGAGAGAACUACGCUGUCGGUGAUGACAGUGGAGACGAAGGGCAGGGACAGGGGCAGCAGCAAGCUCAAGGGUCCUCAUCGCAAGCCGGAGUUAAUCUUGUAGAAUAA